AUGACCAGUGGAUUGCGGAUUCUCGUUCCUAUCAAGAGGGUUAUCGACUAUGCGAUCAAACCCCGCAUCAACAAGACCCAAACAGGCGUCGAAACCGCCAACGUCAAGCACUCCCUAAACCCCUUCGACGAACUCUCCGUCGAAGAAGCUGUCCGCCUCCGCGAACGCAAGGGCCCGCUAAAGGUCGACAACAUCCUUGCCCUCUCUGCCGGCGGUCCCAAAUGCGCCGACACCCUGCGCACAGCAAUGGCCAUGGGCGCCGACCGGGCUUUCCACAUUGACGUCCCCGACAGCAACGACGGCGGCCUGGAGCCGCUGACUGUCGCAAAGAUGCUCCGCGGCGUCGUUGAAAAGGAGAACAUCAACCUGGUGCUUCUGGGGAAGCAGGCGAUUGACGGGGACCAGGGGCAGACGGGGCAGAUGCUUGCGGGUCUUCUGGGGUGGCCGCAGGCGACACAGGCGAGCAAGGUGGAGAUCAAGGAUGAGGCGGGGACAGUCGAGGUUACGCAUGAGGUUGAUGGGGGUGUUGAGACGCUGAGGGCGAAGUUGCCUAUGGUUAUCACGACCGAUUUGCGGUUGAAUGAGCCGAGGUACGCAAGCUUGCCGAAUAUCAUGAAGGCGAAGAAGAAGCCCUUGGAGAAAAAGACGCUUGCGGACUUUGGGGUUGAGGACAAGAAGCGGUUGAAGACGCUGAAGGUUACAGAACCCCCGGCUCGGCAGGGUGGCGGCAAGGUCGAGGAUGUCGACGGCUUGAUCUCGAAGCUCAAGGAGCUUGGCGCUCUGUGA